GAGGGACAGCCGGCGCCAUCGUUGCCUACCCAGGCAUGGCGUCGGUGGCUGCAGCAGGGCUGCUGUAUUGCCCCACUAGCAGGCCAGCAAGGGCAAGGAGCCGUCAUCGAUGGAUCAGGAUCUCAACAGGAGUAACGGGGUUGGAUGAGGAACUUCUAUUUUGUUGGAAGUCGCGUCGUGUUGUGCUGUGGCCAAACAAAUGGAUGCAAGUUGGCCAUCCAAGAGCCACCCAGGAUGCAAGGAGAAACGACGGAGUAUUCUAAGGAGCCAUCAGCAGGACCCAAAGGGGCAAAGGCACCCUCCAACGAUGGAUCCCAACAUCGGAUCCCUAAGGAGCUACCAUCAGGACCCAAAGGGGGAAAGGCACCCUCCAACGAUGGAUCCCAACAUCGGAUCCUUAAGGGGCCAUCAGCAGGACCCAAAGGGGGAAAGGCACCCUCCAACGAUGGACCCCAACAUCGGAUCCCUAAGGAGCCAUCAGCAGGACCCAAAGGGGGAAAGGCACCCUUCAACGAUGGAUCCCAACAUCGCGGGAUAUAG